UCUGAAGCGCGCACCCGUUAGCAGGGCAGAGGAGAGGACAGAAGGCGGCAGAAAGACAAAUAAAGCCGAACUAGCAGAUCAUUCUGUAAACUGCAACGCGAAAUCCUGCCGAGAUGUCAGAGGAAAAGCCAAAGGAAGGAGUAAAGACUGAGAAUGACCACAUCAACCUCAAGGUUGCAGGGCAGGAUGGGUCGGUGGUUCAGUUUAAAAUAAAAAGGCACACACCUCUCAGUAAACUAAUGAAGGCAUACUGUGAACGACAGGUAAGCUGCUGUAAGUUCUUAAGCAGCAUGAUUACUUGCACACUUAACUUUGCCGUUCUUUUAACGAAAAUGCGGCAUCUUCAUCUGCAGGGUCUCUCAAUAAGGCAGAUCAGGUUCAGGUUUGAUGGCCAGCCGAUCAAUGAGACGGAUACGCCUGCACAGCUGGAAAUGGAAGAUGAAGACACCAUAGAUGUUUUCCAGCAGCAGACAGGCGGGCAUUGCUAAGCCCUACCCACCUCAUUGACGGCCACCCUCAGAAAACGCCCUCAACCAUCUCACUGUCCAUCCCUUCCCCACCACUCCCCUCAUCUUAUUAUUAUUAUUAUUAUUAUUAUUAUUAUUAUUAUUAUUAUUCUUUCAGUUUAAAGAUGUCUGUCAUGGUU